GAGAGCUCCCGAGCUUGUUCUUGGCAGCGGUAACAUCAUCAGUUUCCUGUUCGUCACCUCUAAACUUUCAUUCAAAUUCUCCCCCCCCCCAACCCAACAUCCUUCGCAUCCAUCUAAACCUCACAAUUCAUCAUGUUGUCGCUACGCACCAUCGCCCGUUCCGUGCCUCGCACUAUCUCCCGCUCCAUUGUCACCUCUUCCCGCUCUGCUCUCUUCCGACCCGUCCCGACGGCUGCUCCUAAAAAUGUCAUUCUGCAAUCUGCUCUGAAGCCCUCCUAUGCUGCUUUCUCGACCUCUAGCGUAUUCAAGCAGUCUCAAGCUGAAGGUGACUUUGAGCUUGCUGCCAAGCUUGAGGAUGAACUGAAGCAUGAGAAGGCUUCCGGUCUUGAGGAUCUGGAUUCCUCCGUCCAGAACAUCCAGUACGUUCUUCAGAACAACUCCUGGGAGGUCAAGGACGUCCCCGGUGACCAGGAAGUUGUGUUGACGAAGAAAUUCGGCAAUGAGGAGAUUCGCCUCACCUUCACCGUUGCAGACCUUCAGAACUUGAGCGAACAAGAGGAAUUCGAUGACCAGGCGUUGAGUGACGAGCUGGAUUUUGAGGCCGGCCACCAGCCCGUUAACAGGGGUGCCAAUGGCAACGUUGCCCAGCACCCUGAGGAUCGGGUUGCCCCGGCUGAUCGCGAACUGGAUGAGUUGGACCGUGACCUGGAGCCCAGCUUCCCUGCUCGCGUCAACAUUACCGUAGAGAAGCCAAGUAACGGCGCUUUGCUGAUCCAAACUGUUGUCCAGGAUGGUCUCUUCCAGAUCGAAGAGGUCUCCUACUUCUCUAAGCCUGACUUGGCACAUGCCCAGACCGCUGAGAAGGACUGGGCUAGACAGAGCCUCUACGCUGGACCUCCCUUCGAGAACCUUGAUGAGGACCUCCAAACCUUCUUGGAGCGUUACCUCGAGGAGAGAGGUAUCAACGCAGAGCUCGCCAACAUGAUUCCUGACUAUAUCCAGGUGAAGGAGCAGAAGGAAUACGUUCGCUGGCUUGAGAACGUCAAGAACUUCAUCUCCGCUUAAAUGCGGAUCAAUGAUGCAUUAGUGUGUCUAUAAAGAUGCAUCGGUUAAAUCCCUACUCAUAAUUCUAAUCUUGCCUUUCUCAACUUUCCUCGUGAUCUUUUAGUGAGGGAGUUUAUCAUCACUUCCUGUCAUGUUAGCUUGACGUCUGUCCAUGCAAGUCGCCUAUGACCAUAUUUGCUAGGCAGUGUGCACGUGUAUCGAUAUAGAAACGAAUCCAGCAUCUAAAUGUAUUAUAUUCAAAACAUCAUACCAAAACGCCCUCGUGUUUGUACUGAGUUACAAUAUGGAAUUAUGAUU